CUUGAAGCUUACAAACGCUUAUCAUGAUUAUUGCAGUUAUAAUAGACUUACAUACAUUUAUCACUUGUUUCUCUGGGCUGGGGGUGGGCGAGGUAGCGGCAAGCACGUCGUUGUCACCGAACUCAUCGCAAUGAACUUGAGACAGUACGCGCAGCAGAGCUUGCGGGGAGCUAGCUCCUCUGCGCGUUCUACAAGGCGCACGCCGUUUGUGCUUGAUGCGCGACCGCGGCCAUGCGCUCGUGCUGCUGCUGCCGGGCCGCAGGUUGCGACAACGAGCUCGGCCGUGGUCCCAGGACUGCGCCCUGAGCCAUGGACGGACUCGCCGACUCAGCAGCAGGCGCUUGCGGCCUUGAGACAACGGUUCAGCUCCCCCGAUGCCUCCCCCGAUGAAGACACGCUCAAGUGGUACCUGCGGGACCGUUACUUCGAUGUGGAGGAGGCAGAGCAGAAGCUACGCAGCAUGCUCAAGUGGCGCAAGGCGUUCCAGCCCCAGGCCACCACCCCGGACAUGGUGGCCCGCGAGAUGGCCAGCGGCAAAGCCUACGUGCACACCGCACCCGACAAGUAUGGCAGGCCCGCCAUCGUGAUCCGCACCAAGAAGCACGUGACCGGCGAGUACCCUAUCGACGGCUCCAAGCGCCUGGCGGCGUACCUGAUUGACACCGCCAUCUCGCGCCUGCCCCCGGGCGGCGAGCAGAUUGUUGGCAUCUUCGACCUGCGCGGCUUCACAUUCUCCGCCAAUGCGGACUUCGCGUUCGCGGCCUUCAUGGUGGAGGCGUUCUUUGAGUACUAUCCCCGCCGCGUGAGCCAGGUGCUGUUUGUGGACGCGCCCUGGGUAUUCUUCCCCGCAUGGGAGGUCAUCAAGCCGCUCAUGCGCAAGUACGCUGCUCUGGUGCGCUUCGUGAGCGUGGAUGAGCUGCGGAGAGAGUUCUUCACUCGCGAGACUCUGCCUGACGACUUCAAGUGAUCGUAUUUGUUCGGACUGCAGGGCCGCUGUGACUACGAUAAACCUGUGGGCAUUUGUGUGCGGUGUGUUGUAAGGGGGAUGCAGAGAGGGUGUCAGGAGGCGCUGUGGACUGGUCAGGGCGGGGGCCGAAGACACGGAGGGGCCUUCCUUGGAACAGGGCACGUAAAUUUUGUUAUUUUUACAUCAACGGCAAGCCUGAUAUUUUAUGUGCGCCAAACGCGCCACAUGUUUUCGAGGAAAUGGCGACGAGGAAUGAAGGCACGCAGGGAUCGCGUUGACUACAAACAAUCCAUGUACUUAAUAUGUAUGGCAGUAGAAUUGUAAGAUGAAGGAGCA